CAGAUCUGAUAUUAACAGGCACUAACUAUUUAUCUAACAGAGAGAGAGAGAGAGAGCGCGCGCCACAUCAGCUUGACAUAACUCUCUGCUGAUUGCUCACAGUAGAAUCAUCGUCGUGACCGCUUUCGAUCGAGCUAUCUCUCAGGGGUCAAUAAAUACCUGGUGAGAUGGGUAACAACGGUGCUGAAGACGUGAAAAUUUGUGGGUUUGAUGAUGCUAAAUGUCCUGAGACCACUGUUGAAAUAAAGAUAAAGACAUUGGACUCGCAGACAUAUACAUUGCGAGUGGAUAAAUGUGUUCCAGUUCCAGCACUGAAGGAACAAAUUGCCACAGUUACUGGUGUCUUGUCAGAACAACAACGGCUCAUAUGCCGGGGAAAAGUGUUGAAGGAUGAUCAGCUCCUUUCAGCUUACCAUGUAGAAGAUGGACACACUUUGCAUUUGGUUGUGAGGCAACCUUCAUCAGAGAGCACCCCUGAUCUUCAAGGGACUGCUUCUGCAUCAAGUUCUGGGCAUAUUCAAGGAAACCGAGUGGGUCCUGGUGUAGUUGUUGGAACGUACAACUUAUCCGAACAUGGAGAUGGAACUUUCCCUGACCUGAAUCGGAUUAUCUCAGCUGUGCUUGGGUCAUUUGGAGUUGCAAGCGUUGGCAACGAGGGGAUUGAUCUCAAUGGUCUUGGUGCAGCUAGUAUGGGAAGUAUGAGAAAUUCUGACCAACUGCCGACUGAACAUGCUAGUACAACCAAUCAAUCUGGUUCCGGUAUUGGCGCUUCUGCACGUGCAACAGGUUUCCCAGUGGAAGCUCUGCAACCGCCGGUUAUUCCCGAUUCUCUGACAACUUUAACACAGUAUUUGACUAAUUUGACUGAAGAGUUCAGAGCAAAUGCAAGGAGACAAAAUGAGAUUGCACUAACUGCUGGGAUCUGUGGAGCUGAUAGACCAGAUUCUAAUGCACCCUCACAUACCACUAGACAGAGAGGCCUUCCAACGCCUGCAUCCUUGGGAGAGGUGAUGCUCUCGAUGCAACGAUUACUCACUGAACAAGCUGCAGAGUGCUUGUUGCAAUUUUCGAGGCUGCUAGAGAAUCAAGCAAAUAUCACAGAACCAACACAAAGAAUGAGAAUUCAAUCGCAUGCUUUAAGAACUGGAGAUCUAUUCCAAAAAUUAGGUGCUUUGCUGCUUGAGCUUGGUCGGACAACAAUGACAUUGCGAAUGGGUCAAACAGCGGAGGAUGCUGUGGUGAAUGCUGGACCUGCUGUUUUUGUGUCUACUGCUGGCCCUAAUCCUAUUAUGGUUCAGCCACUACCUUUCCAGCCGGGUGCAAAUUUUGGUGCCAUUCCUGUUGGAACUGUACAAAAUGACAGCGGACUUUCUGGAACAUCUAUUGGUUCUGGUUUUGCUCCUAGGAAUAUUGACAUCAGAAUACGAACAGGUUCAUUUACGCCUUCAACUCUUAAUCGAAGAGAGCCUGCUGGUUCACAGCGUCCAGUUCAAGCUACUCCUGCAGCUUCUAAUGGUGGAAAUCCUGAUCAAGAGACCAAUGGAGGCGCUAGAAGCUCUUCUGCCAUGGAGUCUGGAGUGCGGGUGGUUCCUAUCAGGACAGUCGUUACUACAGUUCCAGCUUCUGUUGGGCAUUCAGCUUCUGAUUUAUCUCGAGGUUCCAUGGGAUUAUUUUAUCCAGUUUUAGCAAGAGUUCAACAUAUCAGCUCCAGGAAUUCUAAUAAUUCUGCACCUGCUCAAGCAUCUGCUGUAAAUAAUUCACAUGGAGUUGAGGCUGAACAACCGCCUAAUCCUGAUUCUGCUGGGGAACGGCAAACUAGUGGAUUUGCUGGUGCUGAAGGUAAUUUUGGCUCAUUUAGUGAACUAUCAAGCAGUGGCGAGUUCUCCACACAGUUUCAAAGUAGAAUUGACCAAAUUUAUAGGUCAUUUUUCACUGGAGAAAAUCCAAAUCCUGAGAAUGUCAGUGGGGGUAACAAUUCUGCCACUGGAGGUAGUGUGGCUGCUGAAGACAUUGGUAAUUCUCAGGCUACGCCCAUGGCAGCAGGCGAGGAAGGAGUUAUUUUGUCAAAUAUACUUCGUCAUAUCAUGCCGAUUAUCUCUGAAUCUGCAGGAACCGAUAAUUCAUCUAGUGAUAGACCAAAUCUUGACGAGGAUAGAAGUGACCAUGGUUCAAUGCAGGGUCAAGAAAACACGGAGCAAGCAAGUUCUUCAGACAGGUGCCACAAUCUUUCAUUGCCACCAAGUUCAAAGCGUCAAAAGCGAGAAUGAUUUCAAGGUCCCAGUUCAUCCAACGGUUCCAGCCAUGAUAAUGCAUUGCAGCCUUCUUUUUGAUGUUUCGAUCUGUAUAACAAGAUCUGAGCGCUGCUUUGGCAGCACAGCUGUUGUAGUGAACACUUUCCAGAUUCUAUAGUAUUGCCUUGUUGGUCCUCCAUUUUAGUUUCUGCAUUUUUGGCUCUUCAUUCUGGAUAUCAAGGAAGUAUAUGAUUAAGUGUAUAAUCAUAUAGCAAGUCAGAAGGUCCUUGCAUGGACAACUAAGUUAUAGUUCUCAUUUUUAAAGAUC